UGCUUAUUGCCCCCCCUCGAAACUAACAUAAGACGAAUCCACCGCGGUAGUGGUGGUUUUAGCAGCUUAGCUUGGCCCACAUUGCACGGCGUAACCAUGGUGAACGUCAAGAAGCGGAAAGGUCGCGUCGUUAUCGACUCGGACUCUGAAGACAGCGCCAGCGACGACAACUUAGAUCAGGAGCUGCUGUCAUUAGCAAAGAGGAAACGGGUGGAUUCCGGCGAGCAGGAGGAACCGAUGAGCAAACCAACAGCCUCUACUGAUUCCGAGACGUCAGACAGCGAUGACGAGUGGACCGUUGGGGGCACCAAAGGCAAAAAGAAGGUAAAACAAGGCAAAGGUCAUGAGAAAAAGAAUGCCAGCAAGAAGAAGCUUCAUAAGACGACAGCGUCGGGAAGCUCAAAUGGAGACAGCUCAGGCGAAAGCUCUGCGCCAGAGGAGGGCGAGGUGUCCGACUCGGACAGCAACAGCUCCUCCAGCUCCGACUCGGACUCGUCAGAGGACGACGUCUUUCGGGACGGCUACGACGACGACCUGAUGGGCGACGCUGAGGACAGAGCGCGGUUGGAGCAGAUGACGGAGAAGGAGCGCGAGCAGGAGCUCUUCAACAGGAUCGAGAAGAGAGAGGUGCUCAAGAGACGGUUUGAAAUCAAGAAGAAGCUGAAGACGGCAAAGAAGAAGGAGAAAGAGGAGAAGAAGAAGAAGCACGAAGAAGAGCAGGAAAAACGCAAGCUAUCUCAGGUUCAAGACACACAAGUGGUGAUGUCACAUAACAAGGAACGGCGAUCCAAGCGCGACGAGAAACUCGACAAAAAGUCUCAGGCCAUGGAAGAGCUGAAAGCCGAGCGAGAGAAGAAGAAAAACAAAACAGCAGAACUCUUGGCUAAACGCGAGCCCCUGAAGACCAGCGAGGUGUACUCGGACGACGAAGAGGAGGAAGAAGAGGAAGAUGACGACAAGUCAUCCGUCAAGAGCGACAGGAGUUCACGCUCUUCCUCCUUCGACGACGACGACGAAAAAGAAGAAACGCCGCCCAAAUCGCAACCCGUGUCUCUGCCCGAUGAGCUCAACCGGAUCCGCCUGUCACGACACAAGCUGGAGCGUUGGUGCCACAUGCCCUUCUUUGCCAAAACCGUCACCGGCUGCUUCGUCAGGAUCGGCAUCGGGAACAGCAGCAGUAAACCAGUCUACAGGGUCGCUGAAAUUACGGACGUGGUGGAGACGGCAAAGGUUUACCAACUGGGCACGACGCGGACAAACAAAGGAUUGCAAUUACGGCACGGCGGCGACAUGCGCGUCUUCCGCCUGGAGUUUGUGUCCAAUCAGGAGUUUACAGAGAACGAGUUCAUGAAAUGGAAAGAGGCGAUGAUUAUGGCCGGCAUGCAAGUGCCCACACUGGACGAGAUCACCAAAAAGGAGCAGACCAUCAAAGAAGCCAUGAAUUACAAGUUCAACGACAAAGACAUCGAAGAUAUCGUCAAAGAGAAGGACAGAUUCCGAAAAGCGCCACCUAACUACGCCAUGAAGAAAACUCAGUUGCUUAAAGAUAAGGCUAUGGCGGAGGAAAGCGGUGACGGUGACAAAGUGAAGGUCAUCCAGGAUGAGUUGAAUGAACUGGAGGAGCGAGCAGAGGCGCUGGACAGGCAGAGAACCAAGAACAUCUCCGCCAUCAGCUACAUUAAUCAGAGGAACAGAAGCUGGAACAUUGUGGAAUCGGAAAAAGCUCUGGUGGCUGAGGGACAAAAUGCCAGAAACCAGCAAAUGGACCCGUUCACUCGGAGACAGUGCAAACCCACCAUGGUGUCCAACGCCAGAGACCCGUCGGUGCACGCUGCCAUUCUGGCUCACCUGAACCAGAAGUAUGGCUCCGGAUCCACGCCGGACCCUUCUCCUCUUGAUAAGAACAAACAGGGGUCAACGGACCCAAAGGACAAAGACGUAACCAAGCCAACCACAGACCUCUCCGAAGAUUUAUUCAAAGUUCAUGAUUUUGAUGUAAAGAUUGACCUUCAAGUCCCUAAUGCAGAAGCAAAUUCUCUGUCGGUGAGUUCCAACGCGCUCCCUGUAAAAGACGGUGCCCCCCGCCGAUCGCUCAACCUAGAGGACUACAAGAAGAGGAGGGGGCUCAUCUGAAGAUCACUGCACUGCAUGAGGAACAGGCUGUGAAAGAGCGUGUGUGUGUGAGUUCAUCGGGGCUGUGCGAGUGAGUGUGUGUGUGUGUGUGCGACAAAAGACUUUUUAUCAGAAGAAACUGAUCCAGACACGUUAUUCUGUCCUUUGUUUAUUUUUUAAACGGUUUAUCCUCUGAGGGUUUUUUUCCCCCCGUUUUUUCCAGGAGAACUCAAUGGCGCUGGAAUACACUAAUUACCACUUUGUUGUUUGACGUUACUGGACACUUAAGUCUUGACCAGCAGUUAAAAAAAAAAACAAAAAAAAAAAACAAACACCCCUCUCACAAUGCCCCGUCCAUGUUUGUCAAGUAUCUCCCCAAAUUUUAAUGGAGCGGGUACUUUCGGGGACAUUCUGCCAUUAUGUCACUUUGUAAAUUCUGUGAAAUUGGCCAGAAGUUGAAAAGAAAAUGUGUUUUUUUGUUUGUUUGGGGUUUUUUUUUUUUUAUGAAUGUUGCUUCAUUCCUCUUGUAUAUCAUGUUAGGUUAUGUAAAAGGAUUAAGAAAACAAAAGACAAAAACACCCUUGUCCUUAACUCCCAGAGCAGAUUCUAUUUGUUAUUGAUUGUCAAUAGUUGGUUCCUGUAUUGUUGUGGCAUGCCAUGUAAAUAUGCAUUUUGGAGUGAGUUGAGGAGGAAAAAAUAAAAGAGGCACUGUUUCAUAA